CUAUAUUUUUUUUUCGGCUAUAUCGAUCGAUUUCUCGAACGCUGCCGCCGGCCCGCCGCAACCGCAUCCAUGGCGCUGCGGCGUCUCGCCGGACGCGUGCUCCUCCUCCACCGCGCGGGCGUGGUACCGCUCCCGUCCCCGCGCCCGCCGCUGGCGUUCCCCUCCUCGGAAUCGCGCAGCCACCUCCUCCGCUUCUCCACCUCCUCGUCCACGCCCCCGCGCUUCAUGGUCCAGUACCUCGUCUCCAACUGCGGCCUCAAGCCGGCCGCGGCCGCCAAGGCGGCCCCGCUGUUCGCGAACCUCGACUCCACGUCCAGGCCCGACGCCGUGCUCGCAUUCCUCCGAUCUCAGGGCCUCACCCGCAGGCAGGUCCGCAGGAUCGUGUCGCGGAAGCCGGAGCUGCUGCUCAGAGACGUCGACGCCACCCUCGAACCCAAGUUCAGAGCCAUCCGCGCGCUCGGCCUCGGCCGCGCCGACGCUGCGCGCCUCUUUGCGCUCUACCCGCCGGCGCUCACCUUCGGCGUCCAAACCAAACUCCUCCCCCGCGUCCUCUUCUGGCUCGACUACCUCGGGUCCGCCAAGUUACUGAUAAAAUGGCUGGCCAAGACAUGGCUGCUCCAGUACGGCGUCGACAUCUUCUUCCGCAACCUCUCCACGCUUCGCUCCAUCGGUAUCCCCGAGAGCCGCAUCCUCGCCACGGUGCGGCUGCGGCCGACGCUGAUCGUGCAGUCGGAGGCCAAGCUCCAGAAGCUGCUCGAUCGCGUCGAGGGGCUGCGCGUCCCGCCAAGCUCCGGGAUGUUCAUGUGGGUCCUCUACACGCUGCACAACGUCAGCGAGAGCGCCUUCCGGGCCAAGAAGGCGGCCGUGAUGAGCGCGGCCGGGUGCACGGAGGAGGAGUUCGCCGCCAUGUGCCGCCGCGCGCCGUGCUUCAUGUUCGCGCCCGCGGAGCUGCUGCGGCAGAAGGUGGAGUUCCUGCUGGGGAAGGCCGAGUGCGACGCGAGGUACAUCGUCAACAACCCCGUGCUGCUGACGUUUAGCCUCAGCAAGCGGAUGGUGCCGAGGCACCGCGUCAUCGAGACCCUGCGCUCCAGGGGCGUGGACAUUGGGACGAAGGCGAACCUGCGAGGUAUAAUGAGAUCGACGGAGGCCAUGUUUGUGGAUAGGUACAUAGUCAGGUACCAAGAACAGGUUCCUGAACUGCACGAGCUGUAUCCUCCUCGACAAGUCAAUGGCAAAGAGGAGCUCGCCGUCAAGGCGAGGUGAUACUUAUGCGAGAUUGUGUUGUCUGUCAACUGGCAUCCAGAGUUUGUUGUUAAGGACUCUUGUGCAUAAGCGUAAAAACAUUCGUUUCUGAAAUUUCUGCCCAUCUAUUGUUUCACAUCCUUGGGAGAUACAACGUAAGCCGAUAGCAACUGUCACUAACCUGUAGGGUGUCAUCUGUUUCAAACAAUUUAUAUA